AUGCCCCCAAGACGUAGACGUGGUCCACGAGUGGAGGAACAGACAGAGGGAAGUGUCGGGAAUCCACCCCCGCCUCCACCACCACCUCUACCCCAACCAAACAAAAGGGAAUACAUCAAGGUCUUUCGAAAAGAGAACCCACCCAAGUUUGAUGGGUUGGGAGAGCCCCCGAAGGCGGAGGCAUGGGUACGCGAGCUUGAGCGUAUAUUUGACUUUAUGGGAUGCACUGACAAGGAACGUCUGGCUUGCGUGACUUAUCAACUGACAGGACCCGCUGAUUUUUGGUGGGAAACUAAGAGGAGAACUAUGGAUCCCGCUCGCCGUGAGGCGCUGACAUGGGAAGAGUUUAAGGAAGAAGUGUACGACAAGUAUGUUCCCAUGAGUUACAGGCGAGCAAAGAUUGUGGAGUUCCACACCCUGAAGCAGGGAAGUAUGAUGGUCACGGAGUACGACCGCACCCUAUGUGAGAUGACCCGUUAUGUGCCAGAAUUGGUGGACACAGAUAAGAAUAUGGCUGCAAAGUUUUGUUUUGGCCUUAGACCCGAGAUAAGGGCAGCUGUGGCCAGCCGCAGGGGAAUUCCUUAUUCCGAGGUGUUGGGCUGUGCCUUAUAUGUGGAAGAAGCACUGCCCAAGAACGAGAGGGCAAUAAAUCCUACACCACCCGCACUCCCAUCCAACUAUUGA